UACUUUUUCUAAGGUUAUUAAAAGAACUUUUAUUCUUCUGUAAUUGCUCAAUCAACAAAAUAUUUGGAACAAAAUCCACUUAUUUCUUUGUCUUACUUCAUAUGACUUGCAAAACCCAAACAAGGUUUUCGUCCAAGAAUUUGCAUAUUUUUUAAUCAGACCAAUGGAGUUUCUUCUUGCAUUAGACUGCAAAAAUUUCACAUUGACUACAUCAAUCUCAUACAUGUUGCAUCAACAAGUCUAGAAAGCCACAUGAAAAUGGCCGACUGAACAUGGAACUUCAUUAGCAGCAUUGAAACAUUUCCUUCUGCUUUAAUUCAUAUCUCAAAAAUUGGUAACAGAGUUUCCAGGGAGAUAUUUGGGAUUAAAGUUGAGCAGCUUGUCUUGUGGAGAUUUAGUCACAUCUGUAACAAUGGCAUGAAUGUAGGUGAAGGGUGGGGUAUUGAUAUCACCAGCAGUGGAAUUGGUACAGGUACCAGAACUGUGCUGUGAAGAAUGAAUAUGUGUAUUGGACAGUCAAAGAAGCUUGCAGGUUAAAUGGAGAUCAUAUUGCAUUCAGCUCAUCUGUUGUUGUGAAACAUGUUAUUCCUGAGCAGCGAAUGGUUGGAAUUCAAACCCCUUUCUCGCUACAGAUGGACCCUACAAAGAAUAGCUCCUUACUCUCUGGUUUACAUUGUGUGGUUUCAAGUUUGGUGCCAAGUCGUCUGUAUAGCUUCUGGGGUGUGAACAUCCAGGCUCUUUACCAAGAGUUCCAGUUACCAUGGCAACAACUUCAGGAGCAUAUACACUCAGAUAAUUUCCUUGCUGGUUCAUACGUUUGCAAAGAUGAACCUCUCAUAUUAGACUGUUGCAGUGAGAAGCAGCUUCAUUUACCAACGCCACAAGCUAUGGCAGAUGUUUCCAUGGCAGCCAACUCUAGGACCAUCUACCCCGUCGUGCUGUUAAAUGUCUCGCGCAAUUCCACACAUCCUACUGAUGGAAGCGUCCAGGUGGUGGCGAUGCUGAGUGCUAUCCAUUUAAAGGAUUCCGUUUGUAGUAUGAACUCCUUCAUUAUCAACCAACACUUGAAAACCUACAACAACCAAAUAUUCAACCUUCAGCCCUUAUUUAUAGCAUCAUUGCCUGACGAUGAAGGAUCCCAGCAAACAACACACGUACCAUCACCUACAGUUUCCCCAAAGCAGUCUUCAGAGAGUCCAUUGACAGAGGAUGUUAAUACCAGUUCCUCCAGUACAACUGAAAUGCCUUCUUCAUCUGCAUCUGGCAUGAAAGAUGUCACAGCUUCUUCAUCUGAAGGGGACUUAGCAGCAACAACAACAACAAACGCUGAGAUGCAAGCAUCUUCUGCUGUCUGUGACAAACCAGCCUCAACAGAUUGCAAUGAGAGUUCUACUCAAAACGACUGUAUCAUUUGUCAGUGUGAAUCUAUCAGCAUGGUUCUGCUGCCAUGUCGACAUGCGUGCGUGUGCAGGACUUGUUUUAGCAAGCUUGAACGUUGUCCCAUGUGUCGUGAAUAUAUACAUUCCUACUUCUGUUUAGAAGAUUCAUUUCCCAGCUGUUACUCUUCAAAUGCUACUUUGUCAACCUCUAGUCCAGUGCCUUAUGCUGCAGGCCAAAUGCAUCGGCCUGCACCUCACAUUCCCAUGCAGAGACGCACACUGAAACAAUGGCUGUUGCAUGUGAAUAAUGUAGUAAAUGAAUAUUUGGGAUUCUGGUAAAACUUUGUUGUUUAUUGCUUUCACAUAAAGAACACUAUUUCUGUCUUGAA